UUUUUUUAUUUUUCCUUCUUCAAUUUGCAGAGAACUUCUAAGAGAGAGUUUGGAAGAAGAAGAGAAAUUUUACUAGAAUUUUUAGGUUGAAGAAGAGGAGGAGAACUCAAGCAAAGUGUAUCAAUGGCUGAAUUUUAGUUCAUUCUGCACAUCACUGGUUUUUAAUUCGGUUUGAACUCUUCAAAAGGAAUUAAGAGGACAGUUGGUUUUCACUCGAAAUCAGGAGGUCUCUGGUUUUUCUUAUAUUUCAGAGUGUAUCGGUGGAGUUAGAAUAUCUAUUUAGUAUGGUUGGAAAGCUUAUUCAAUUUACUACAACUUUCAUGAAGAAAUGGUAAACCAAAAACGACUAAAAAUCAGUUAAAUUGUAGGGACAAGUUAAAGAGGUCGUGUGCGCGUGAUUCUGGAAGUGGUUCUGUUUUGAGGGUUAUAUGUGUUUAUGCACGGGGAAUCAGAUUUAUAUGUCUUCAGGCCGAGAAGAAUUAAACCGAGCUUAUAGACCAAGGAUCUAGCCCAAGACUGUAGAGAUCAACUUCCCGGUGCCUGAUAGACUGCCUUAGUCUGCGGAAGCUUCAUUAUCGAUUGCCAGUACGUGUUUUGAGUUGGGCAUAGAGUCUGUUGUGUUGUGGUGUAUAUACAACCUUGUAUGUUAUAGAUACUCCACAGUUUGUAUAAGCUUUAGGAGCUGUAGUUGUGUAAAUUUUGUUGGUUAUAUUUUGAUUAAGGUGUCUUUAGGUUUACUCGUGAAAUCGGUAAAUUUUGAGGUACACUUCAUGUAUGUGUUUGACUAGCCUAGGAUCCACUGUGUUUUGUGGCAUGUACAAUAGUUUAUAUACUAGAUUGGCAAGUUCAUCACAUGAAAAUUUUAAGCAGAGUCGACAGAUACAGGUACAGAAAAGCGUUGUUCGUUGGCUUCACGCCAUCUUUCGGUCUAAGGUAGCAGGUAGUCCGGGAGGGGGUGUGACAUGUUUGAAUUUAAAUUGAAGCUCAUUAGAGGAUGUGGAACGACAUCUGCUGACUAUUGGAAUAUCCUUCUACUACACAGAAUGGGUGUAUCAUAGAGAAUCAUUAAGCUAUAGAGGUACAGAAAACUUUGAGGAAGGAACUAGUAGUAAUCCUUUUAAUGAAGGAACUAGUAGUACACAAUUUAAUGAAGAAGGUGAUAUCUUUGGUAUGCUAAAUGAUUUACAAGCCCCUAUUGAACAUGAAGAGGAAAUAGAGGAAUUUCGUUUGGAAGAUGAAAUGGCGAUGAAUGUUGGGGUAAAUAUAGAUGAAGAUACAACAAAUAAUAUAUUUCAGGACUUAUUGAAUCAAGCACGUAAUGAGUUGUACCCCGGUUGUUCUGAAUUUUCGUCGUUGAAUUUUUUGGUUAAGUUGAUGCAUGUGAAAGUUCUAAAUGGUUGGAGUAACAAGUCGUUCGACAUGUUGUUAGAACUCUUAAGAGCAGCGUUUCCAAUGUGUAAUAGUACUAUUCCUAGUUCAUUUUAUGAAGCAAAACGAAAACUUCGUGACUUGGGCUUGGGAUACGAGACUAUUCACGCGUGCAAGUAUGACUGUGUAUUGUAUUGGAAAGAGUUUUCUAAUUUGCAACAUUGUUCUACAUGUGGCGAGGCUAGGUACAAGGUUAAUCAUAAUAGAGGGAAAAAAAUUUCGCAUAAGGUAUUGCGCCACUUUCCUUUGGUACCUAGAUUACAACGCUUGUUUGUAUCGCAGGAAGGGUCUGCUGACAUGAGAUGGCAUAGGGACAAACGUGUUGAAACAGAUGAUGUCUUGAGGCAUCCAGCUGAUGCAGAGGGGUGGAAGCACUUUGAUUCUGAAUUUCCUGAUUUUGCUUCUGAUCCACGAAACGUGCGUUUGGGCUUGGCUUCAGAUGGGUUUAACCCAUUUGGUCAAAUGAGUACCUCAUACAGUAUGUGGCCUGUUGUGUUACUUCCUUAUAAUUUGCCACCAUGGAAAUGCAUGAAAGAGACAAAUUUCUUUAUGUCAUUGCUCAUACCCGGUCCUAAAUCUCCUGGUAGGGAAAUUGAUGUGUAUCUCCAACCAUUGAUUGAGGAAUUGAAAGACUUAUGGACUUUUGGGGUGCGUACGUAUGACUCUCUUACAGGUCAGUUCUUUCAGCUAUAUGCAGCCUUGUUGUGGACGAUUAAUGACUUUCCGGCGUAUGGUGACCUAUCAGGGUGGAGUACGAAGGGGUAUCAGGCAUGUCCUAUAUGCAUGGGUGAUAGAUCGUCCUUCGGGAUACGAGGUAGAAUAUCUUUCAUGGGACACAGACGCUAUCUUCCACAGAAUCACGUGUGGCGUAGAAGUAGGCUACACGAUGGAAAGGUAGAGCGUAAGGCUUCUCCUGUGGUGAUGAAUGGGAUGAAAUAUUAGAACAAUUAGAUUAGUUGGAGUUUCCAGUUAUGAGUAAACAUCCUUCAAUACAGGAUAAGAAAAGAAAGAGAGCUCUUAAUUGGACGAAGAAAAGUAUUUUUUUCAAUCUUCCUUAUUGGUCGAGACUUUUGUUACGUCACAAACUUGAUGUAAUGCACAUUGAGAAGAAUGUUUGUGACAAUUUGGUUGGUACGUUAUUGAACAUCGAAGGGAAAACGAAGGAUACCACGAAUGCUCGGUUGGACUUACAAGAUCUGAAGAUAAGAAAGGAUUUACAUCUUGUAGAAGUGGGUAACCGAUUGGUGAAGCCACAUGCGAGCUACACGUUGACUACCAGUGAACGAGUAGAGUUUUGUAAGUUUCUGAAAUCAGUUAAGUUUCCCGAUGGAUUUGUUUCCAAUAUAUCGAGAUGUGUGCAUGAAAGAGAGGGGAAAAUAUCAAGACUAAAAAUGCAUGAUUGUCAUGUUUUAUUACAUCGAUUGCUACCAAUUGGUAUUUGAGCAUUCUUACCGAAGAACGUAUACACUGCUAUAACCGAAUUAUGUAAUUUUUUCCGUGACUUGUGCGCCCGAACGAUAAGAGUAAGUGAUCUAGAUAGAUUGCAAGCAGAUAUCAUAAUCAUACUUUGUAAGUUGGAAAGAAUAUUUCCACCUGCCUUUUUUAGCGUUAUGGUACACCUUGCCGUUCACUUACCAUAUGAAACGAAGAUUACUGGUCCGAUUUCUUAUAGUUGGAUGUAUUUGAUUGAAAGAAGUCUACGAACGUUAAAGCAGUAUGUUAGAAACAAAGCACGUCCUGAGGGGUCAAUUGCAGAAGGCUAUGUCAUGAAUGAAUCUAGCACCUUUUGUUCACGUUACCUACGUGGUAUAGAGACUCGAUUCACAAGAGAUGAGCGAAAUGAUGAUACCAUUGUAGAGUACGAGGUAAUUGGUGACUUUGAAAUUUUCAAGCAGAAAGUACGACCCUUAGGUGCAUCAAGUGUUCGUGCUAUAUCAGAGGAAGAGAAACGACUCUUCCAUUGGUACAUACUGAAUAAUGCUGACGAAAUAUCAGAGUAUCGCAAGAAACAUUUGAGGCUCCAACGUCGACAUGCUCAAAAUUCUAUGGAUUUGUAUAAAAUACAUGAACGAGCAUUCCCUGAAUGGUUUCGAGCACAGGUGUUAGAACUGCGUCAGUCUACAAACCUAUCUGAUGAUUUCUUCUCACUAGCGAUGAGACCAUCCUUUGACGUUCGUUGCUACAAUGGAUGCAUCGUAGGUGGUGUAAGAUUUCACACUAUUGAACUUGAUUCUCGACGUAUUACUCAAAAUAGUGGAAUAAUGGUCAUUGGUGAAAGCGAUGCAAGUGGAACUGGAGACAAUAAUUUCUACGGUGUUCUGGACGAAGUGUUACACGUACAAUAUCCGUUGGGAAGAAAUGUAUGGCUAUUUAAGUGUCGGUGGUAUGACACGGAUGUAAACAAAAGUCAAAGAACGACACACAUUGAAGUAGGGUACAAAUGUCUCAACACAUCUCGUUUUUGGUACGCGGAGGAACCUGUAAUUCUUGCAACUCAAGCACAUCAAGUUUUUUAUGUAGAUGAUCCAAAAAAUGGUAGCAAUUGGAAAGUUGUGCAAGUCAUCCAAAAUAAGCGUAUUUGGGACGUGCCAGAAGUGGAGGAUGUUCAGAAUGACCAUAUUAAUAUACUAGAAGUUGUUGUAAGCCACCAAGUGGAUGACCACAUCGAGGAUGACACUCUAUGCAGAAAUGACGUUGAUCCCACAAUCGUUGAAAGACCGGUUGUGCGUCAUGUCACUGACGACUUCAUCGACGAUGUGGACGAACACUUGUCACAUGCAAGCGAUGAGAAAUUAUAGUGACAAAUUAAACCACUCAUUAUGUCAUAUCGACGAUCAAAUUUUAUGGAGACGGACGAUAUGUUCCUCCAGUUUGAAGAUGAUUUAGAUAACAUCUCUGGGCGACAAUACGGGUCUUCUUCUCAACAAACGACUCCGACUUCUAGGAGACGUGCACUGUCUCGACUCUUGGAGUUAGAGCGCCACGUUGCAAUAAAUGGGCGCAUUCCGAUAAAAUCGCCCCUGAAGCGGAGAAGCCUAUUUCUCCACACGCCGUUCGCUUCAGCCAGGCGAUAGGCGUGUGCGUGCGAAAGACAUUUCCCGUCCGCUGUCUUAAGUGGGAAGACGUUGGGAGAGAAUACAUUGAGGUCGUCAAGGACGACCUCCAGCGAUUGUUUGUGCUUGAUUUCAAUGAUCAAGCAAUGAACAGGUUUGUUGAGCAUCAGAUACUCACGACCUUUAAAGAGUUCCGGGCCGACUGUCAUAGACAUUUCAAAAAGUACAUCGACCCGGAGGAGGCUCGUGCCAACCCACCAAACGCAUUGGUUGGACGUGAUGAGGAUUGGCACUUCCUCUGCGACCAUUAUAUCAGCCGUCCAUUCCAGGAGCAAUCACAGACAAACAAGGCUGCUAGACAGAAGCAGCCUUACAAUCAUAGUAGCGGGUCCAAGUCGUUUCUACAACGACAGUAUGAGCUCGCUGAAAGAAGAGGGCAGCCGAUCGAUCGUGUGGAAUUGUUUCGGGAAACACACGUUUGAGCUGGGACAUUCGUGUCGCAGGCCGCCAAGGAUGCGCAUAAUCAAAUGUUGGAACUCCAAUCCCAGCCUACCCCAGAGGGUAGUCAACCACUCUCUGAGGAUGAGAUAUGCGAUCAGGUGUUGGGUAGACGACCAGGCUACUCAAAAGGCCUUGGUUGGGGACCCAAGCCGAAGGCCCGCAGAACGGCAAGUGCAAGCAGUUCGUCGACAUCUUGUUCGCAGUCCACACAAAAAGAGAUUGAAUUACAAGCUAAACUUCAUGAAGCUUUGGAACGGAUUGAAGUACAAGAUAGAAAUCACCAAGCAUUAGCUUCACAAGUGGAAGCUAUGAAAAAGAUGAUUGAAGACCUAACUCGUGCACAACAGGGACCACCACAUGAUCCCUAGCUCUGCGGACCGAAGGUGUAGAAUGACGCGCAUACGCACCUCGUUGGGAGACUUUUCAUUAUGUUUAUGUUUUUUCUAUUUUGAGAACUAUAUUUUGUUG